AUGGCGCGUCAGAAUGUUAAUACGGACUAUGAAAAAAUGUUAGAUAAUAAAAAUGUUGACUUAGAUAACUGUCGAAAAUUAAUUAAAUCGUACAUCGACUUGCAUUUGUACAGUUCUGCUUUGUUUUGGGCAGAUAAAGUUGUUUCACUAAGUAACGAAGAUCCUAAGGAUGUAUGUACAUUAGCACAUUGCAUGUACUUAAUGAAACAAUAUCAUAGAGCAGCUCACCUGAUCCAAAGUCGUGGAUUAGAGAAGACAGAUGUAAUGUGUCAUUAUUUGACAGUAAGAAGUCUUUUAGAAGCGAAACAAUAUAAUGAAGCACUUCAAGUCAUUAAAGAAUCAGAAAUAUGUACAAACAUAACUCAGUCAGGAUUUGGAGAUCGUAUAGAUAUAUUAGAGAAUGCUCCAAAAAAUGUACAAAGUUCAAUUUUAUAUGUAAAGGGAAGAAUAUAUGAAGCUUUGGAUAAUAGGGCAGUAGCAGCUGAUUGUUACAGACAAGCCCUGAAUUGCGAUGUGUAUUCGUAUCAAGCAUUUGAAGCUUUAGUUCAGAAUCAAAUGCUCUCAGCUGCUGAAGAGAAGGAACUUUUGGAAUCUCUUCCAUUCACUGAACAAUGCACAGAAGCUGAAUCAGAGUUCGUAAAAUUGUUGUAUGAAAGCAGAUUAAAGAAAUAUCAGGAGCCGAACACGAAGCAACCACUUGCAAGUUGCAGUGUAAUGGGAGUUCUUGUCACAGAUAGAUUACUAGGUAAUUUAGAUAUGGAAGUUGCGGAGGCUGAACGACUAUAUUACAAUUGUGAUUAUCACAACUGCUUCUCCCUCACAGAAAGGAUAUUAAAGAAAGAUCCAUACCAUAAUUCGUGUCUGCCAGUUCAUAUUGCCUGUUUAGUAGAACUCAAAAAGACCAAUGCUUUGUUUUAUCUGGCCCAUAAACUGGUUGAUUUAUAUCCAGACAUGGCCUUAGCAUGGUUCGCAGUCGGAUGCUAUUACUACAGUAUAGGAAAAAGUGAUCAAGCGCGAAGAUAUUUAGCAAAAGCCACAGCAUUGGAUAGGUUGUUUGGUCCUGCUUGGUUGGCUUACGGUCAUUCCUUUGCAGUAGAAAAUGAACAUGAUCAAGCAAUGGCUGCUUACUUUAAGGCUUCUCAGCUGAUGAAAGGUUGUCACCUGCCACUUUUAUACAUUGGACUUGAAUGUGGUUUAACAAAUAAUCUUAAAUUGGCUGACAAGUUUUUCCAACAGGCUCAGGCAAUAGCUCCAAAUGACCCAUUCGUUAUACACGAGAUGGGCGUUAUAUCCUUUUACAAUUCAGAUUACAAAACUGCUGAACGCCAGUUUAAGGAAGCCAUGAAAAGAAUUCAAGGUGGCCUAAAGGAUGUUGUUCUACCUAGUAAAUGGGAGGCACUUCUCAAUAACUUGGGUCACACGUGUAGAAAAAUGAAGAAAUAUGAAGAGGCCUUAGAAUAUCAUCAACAGGCGUUAGUGUUAAAUCCGUUGAAUGCAUCAACCUAUUCCGCCGUGGGUUUCAUCCAUGCAUUUAUGGGAAACGCGCAGGAGGCUGUCGAUGCUUUUCACCGAGCACUUGGGCUUAGGAGGGACGAUACUUUUACAACAACCAUGUUGACCUACGUCAUGGAACAACUUAUAGAAGAAUCACCUCCAUAUCCUGAUGCACCGAUCGAUGUUCCAAAGUAUAAAUACGCAGCAAAUACGCAUCAAGAAGGUGACAAUGUAGAAACUUCGAAGAGUACCAGCAGUGCCACUGUAACAGGAAGUCAGGAGAUCGAUAAGCUGAGGGUAAAUUUGUUCUCCGGAUGGGGAGAAGAUUCGGGCAAAGCCGAAGACAAUGCAUCCGAUAAAGCAGAACGCAACCCACGGGAUGUGGUUGUUAAUUAUUCCAGUGAUAUUAGUUCGGAAGUUGAGAUGUUGGACUCGUCAACUGCGCAUAUAGAAUAAAAUACGGUGUCCCAGAACUCGUGGCACAUUUCUUAAUGGAAGGUUCCUGAGGUGAUUUUAAACAAUAUUUUCCUUUGUAAGAAAGUUGUCAAAGGUGUGGUUGUCGAGUUUUUAUCGAAAAACCCUGACCAAUCAGAGCGCCCGUAUAGCGGGCGGCCAGGGCAACGACAACCCCUUUGCAUGUCUGAUUGGCUGUGGCCAUAUAGAUCUAAACCGGAUGUGCAAGAGACAGAGAAUGAUACUGGAAGCACCGAGGAGAUACUUAUAAAGAGUGGCAGCCUUAUGGGACUUGGU